GUGGGACCCUGGGUGUGGGUUCCGGGCGUUAGGUCGGCUGUCUGUGAGUUGGACUCUCUUCGAGGCGUGGAGCCGGGGACUUGUGCCUCUUUCCUUGGGCCCGGGCGGAGCCACCGGUCGCGGAAGGCAAGGUUGGGGGCCCGCCCCGUGGAUGUGCCAGGCUGGGAAGGGAGCGUCGGGGCAUGUGGGCGUUAGGUGACCCGCGGGCCCGUUUCCUCGUCGUUUCCUGAGUCCACAGCGUGGGGGCCUUUUCGUCACGGGCUGCCGGAGCUGGGGAAGGACCGUUGUCGUUGGAUGUGGCCCCGGCCCGACGGAGGUCUCGAGGCUCAUGAGUCCCCAACGCAGAGAUGUCUGAGCUUAGUGAUGAAGCCAGUGAAUCUGAGCUGCUCAACCGCAGUUUAUCCAUAUGGCAUGGACCAGGUCAUCUAGUUUGUCGAGAAGAGUUGGAUGUUCCCCUGGAUAUUCAUACAGCCUCUUCAAUUGGGCAGUAUGAAGUGGUGAAGGAAUGUAUUCAGCGGAGAGAGUUGGAUUUAAAUAAGAAGAACUGUGGUGGCUGGACCCCUCUUAUGUAUGCUUCCUAUAUUGGCCAUGAUACCAUUGUGCACCUGCUGCUGGAGGCAGGAGUAAAGGUCAAUGUUCCAACCCCCGAAGGCCAGACACCCUUGAUGCUAGCCUCCAGUUGUGGAAAUGAGAGCAUUGCCUACUUUCUUCUCCAGCAAGGUGCAGAGUUAGAAAUGAAAGACAUUCAUGGCUGGACUGCGCUCUUCCACUGCACCAGUGCUGGGCACCAGCAGAUGGUCAAGUUUCUUUUGGAUAAUGGAGCUAAUGCCAACUUAAGGGAACCGACUUAUGGAUUUACUCCUUUGAUGGAAGCAGCCGCUUCUGGCCAUGAAAUAAUUGUUCAGUAUCUUCUGAAUCAUGGAGUGAAAGUAGAUGUAGGAGAUUACACUGGUGCCACAGCCCGAGCACUAGCCAUGAAAUAUGGACACAUGAAGAUAGUGGGAUUGAUAGACAUUCAUACUGCUUCUCUGCCCAAGACUCUUUACAGAAGUCCAGAAAAAUAUGAAGAUCUGAGCUCAUCAGAUGAAUCCUGCUCUGUCCCACAAAGGCAAAGACCUGUAAGAAAAAUGAGGGGCCUUAGUAUCCACGAAGGGCCCCAGGCUUUGGCAAAGAUCACAGCCAUAGGAAUUGGAGGCAGGAUGCACCAGCCUUGCUGUGAACAAGUACCUCCACAGGGUUAUGUCACCUUUACCAACAAUGAGGGGAAUAGUAUUGAAGGGGAGGAUCUCCGAUAUCGAGAUGUCACCUCUCCAAUCAAUGAGCAGGAUGUGGAAAGCAGCAGCAGCAGGGAGGAAAAUGCAUUCUGUACCAACCUAAUAACCAUCAGGAGUAGCAGUAGUAGCAGUGAGGGGCUAGCCAAAGCCCUUGGGGUCAGUAGUGAAGCUUCUUUGGAGAGCAAUGAGGACUCAGAUCACUCACACAAAAGCUCCGUUAGAAAGCAGGCUAAAAGUUACACGAAGGCUAAGAAUCGUUACAGCAACAGUGAGAGCCAGUGGCCUUCUGGCAGUGGAACUUCUGGGAUAUCUGGUCCUCCAGGUUCCAUCUUCAAACCAGAGAGACCCACUUAUUCAGGACCUCAGGACCUUGCGACUCUUCUGGAACAGAUUGGGUGUCUGAAGUACCUGCAAGUUUUUGAAGAGCAGGAUGUGGACCUCCGCAUCUUUCUGACCCUUACAGAGAGUGAUCUGAAAGAAAUAGGCAUUACAUUGUUUGGGCCCAAGCGGAAGAUGACCUCUGCCAUUGCUCGAUGGCACAGUAAUGCCCGCCCACCCAGUGAUGCCCUGGAGCUGGCUUAUGCAGACCGGCUUGAAGCUGAAAUGCAGGAACUGGCCAUUCAGCUACACAAAAGAUAUGAGGAACUGGAAAUAUUGAAGGGUCAGGUAUCCCAAGAACAAGAGCUGCGGGCUGUUGUGGAAAGUUGCCUAAUGGAACAAAACAUAGCCAUGAAAGAUGUUCAUACCCAACUUGAGGAAACCCAGGCUGUCACAAGAGAUAUUGGGCUGGUUCUGGAUCAACUCAGAGCCUGUCAGACUGAGCUGUCAUCUCGGGUGAAACAGGAAGACACCCUAGGCUGGGUACCGCCGACAAAAGCACACCUGGGAGCUGGUUUCAAGGGAUGGCAGGCUUCUCUGAAGUCCAUGAGCCUGUCUGAGUUAUCAGGAGCCCUAGAGGACUGUGUCAGCAACAUGGGGAAAGCUCUGUGUUCCAUGAACCAGAGCCUAGAAAAGCUGCAAGUCCUAAAUGGGAAGCAGAAUUGGAGAGAACCAUAGAACAUGAUGGUGAGUGUUGAAGCUCCAAGUAAAACCCAGACAGGUCAUGUCUUUACACCGGAACAGAAAGGUGUGAAGUUGAAUCGUUUGGACUCAUUCAGCUGACAGGGUUUUUAUUGUUUCAGUUUUUUAAAGUUAACAAGCCAGUUGUAAAAAGGGACCCUGUAGUUUUAGGGACCCUUUUAAAGGGUCAAAUUGCACCAGAAGGGGAGAGAAAAGUUAGACAGGUUGAGACUUCUCUUGUAAUCUGAAUGUAUAGACAUGUGUUAAUUAUUUUGGUUUGGCAUAGACCUAUAUCAUCGUCAACUUGCUUUCCAGAAAUUGACGUCGGGUGACCACUCCACCCUGAAACUGUGUGCCUGGAAGAAUAAGUGGGUUGGGGCCAAGAGUCCAUCCCUCUCUAUUUGCAACACCGUGAGGGGGGUGGUGGGACCCCAGGAAACAAGGCCAUCCUCAGGCCAGAGAGCAGGCCCCACCCACUGAGGGAGGGCGUAUCAGUUGUGAGCACUGAAGAAGAACAAGGUGCAGCAGAUGAAGGAGAGCCUAUCAAAGGGCACAUGAAUGUCUCAGUUGUGGGCUUCCUUCUCAGACUUAGAGUCCAGAUACAUUCCUGCAGCACAAAGACAAAUCCUAGAUGCAGAUGGCUGCUAUGAAGCAUUUAUUUUCCCACAGCAGGUGGCUACUUGGGCUUUAGUUUGGGUACUAACACAGGGACCCAGAUCUGGAUUUUCCUUUGUUUUCUGUAAAAUAAAACUUGAGUUUGUCAGCGGA